CGGCGCCAUAACAUGCACAAGCAGCGCGUGUCUUACGUAAGACGCUUGUUCUUCGCAUGCGCACAGAGGCGUUUGUGCUGUCAUGGCGCUGAACACAAACUAUUGAUCAAAACUCUUCUUCUUCAUCAUCAUCACAGGGAAUGUCUGUUUGUCUAAAGUGGUCUGACAGCGUUAGAAGAGCGCCGUGAUGUCGGGAAAUAAAGCUGUGGAGCUGCAGAUUCAGAUGCGACAGAACGCAGAAGAUCUGCAGAGCUUCAUGAAGGAGCUGAACAACUGGGAGGAAGAGAUCAAGAAGAAAGACCAGCAGCUUCGCACCGGGAACACCAACGAAACACCAAAAACACUCCCGCCAGUGAGGAACAAAGAUUAUAAAAAGACAAAGAAGAGGGUGAAACGACAGACUAACGGCGGCGGCGAUCGGAAAGAUCAAACGCAGACGCAGCGGAUAAAAUCCUACGCUUAUCAGGCCUGGGACAAAUUUGAUGUGGAAAAGACUCUGGAGUCCAUGGACGUAGAGGAGAGCCCAGUGCAAUCCAAUGAAUCUGACUCUGAAGUGAUUCAGGUGGACAGAGAUCUGGCGCUCACUGAGAAAGAGAAGGGGAAUCAGUUCUUCAAGGACGGCCAGUAUGACAGCGCCAUCGAGUGCUACACCAGAGCGAUGGACGCCGAUCCCUACAACCCUGUCCUGCCCACUAACAGAGCGGCCUGUUUCUUCAGACUGAAAAAGUACGCCGUGGCGGAGUCGGACUGUCAUUUGGCGAUCGCUCUGGACAGUAAAUAUGUGAAAGCUUACGUCAGGAGAGCGGCGACACGCGCAGCUCUAAAGAAACAUCAGGAAGCUCUUGAAGAUUAUGAAAUGGUUCUCAAAUUGGAUCCUGAAAACUCAGAGGCGCGGAAUGAAAUCCAGAAACUCCAGCAGGUCUUGGAAUCGAGCGGACAGACGACAGAGAAGAGCGAGAUCGUUACUCCCGCUGCUGCUGCGCCGACGGUGGAUCCGUUACAACAGCAGCGUCUGGAGGAACAACAGAGAAAACAGGAAGCUGUCGUGCAGAAAGACAGGGGAAAUGCUUACUUUAAAGAAGGCAAGUACGAGGCGGCCGUGGAGUGCUACUCUAAAGGAAUGGAGGCGGACGGCACCAACGCCCUGCUGCCCGCUAACAGAGCCAUGGCGUACCUCAAACUCCAGAAGUACAGUGAGGCGGAGCAGGACUGCAGCACGGCCGUCGCUCUGGACGCCACGUACGCCAAAGCCUUCGCCAGACGCGCGACAGCCAGAGCCGCUUUAGGGAGGAUCAGAGAAGCCAAAGAAGAUUUUGAGCAGGUUCUGAAGCUCGAGCCGGGAAACAAACAAGCCAUAAAUGAGAUCGAGAAACUCACAGCGGAGAUGAGCACCAGUGGUCUCAUGGAUCCAGUGGAGAACACACAGAGAAGAACCAUCCAGCCCAUCAACAAACCUGAACAUCUCAGAUCCACCAAGCCGUUACGGAGGAUGGACAUACAGGAGAUAACACCGUCCGUAGAGCCUCACGCCGUCACGUCUUCACCCCAUCCCAAGAUCCAGAAGAUCGAGGAGAUCUCCGGCGUUCCGUCCAGGACUUCGUCUGAAGGUCCUGAAUCGAUUCCUCCUCCACCCAGCAGCAGUUUUCAGCUGGAGGCCGACCUCAGGAAGAUCAGCCGGCACCCACAAUCCACUUACAUAUAUUUAAAGCAAAUCAGCCCAGACGCUUAUCCGAAGAUCUUCCAGAACUCUCUGGAGCCUGAUGUUCUCAACCUCAUGCUCAAGAUCUUCCACAGCUUCUACAUUCAACAUGAAGAUGCGUCUCUUCUGCUGGCCGUCCUGAGGAGCCUGGCGAGUGUGAGGAGAUUUGACAUGGCCGUCAUGUUCAUGUCGCCCGCGGAGAAGAAAAUGCUGCAGGAGGUGUUUGACUGGAUUCACCGCACCGGUCUGACAGACCCUUCAGUUCAAGAUCUACGGAAGAAAUACGGCCUUUGACCUCUGACCUCUACAGGAACAUCUGUUUGGAUAUACAGCGUUUGAUCUCAGCCGUCUCACACCCGAACCAAAGUGAUGUGAAUGAAUGAGAUGCCUCAGAACGGACGCUCGGUGCCUUUGAACUGCUUCAUUUUAUUCCUGUUUGUGUUUGAAGACAUUAUUUGUGUUGCUUCAGUUCAUGUCGAUCUUGUGUCUGGAUGAGGGAACGUCUUUCAGAAUCUGCUCCUGUUGUUCUGAAUGCUUCAGUAUUAAAGUCAACAUGAAAUCCAAAUGGACUUAUUCUUGUAAAUGAUUCAUUCAGUACACAAAUAAAAAUAUCUUUCAUCCACUGCAAA